AUGAGCCACAACGGACCAAUAUUCUUCUGGCACCCAGAAGGUGGCGAUUAUCCAUUUCUAUCUCAACAUUACCCCUGUGAAUUCCCAGAUGGAAAUGGUCAGAUUUUCACAAGUACUGAACAAUAUAUGAUGUAUCACAAAGCCAUUCAUUUCGACGACAUUCCCACCUCCCUCCAAAUCCUCGAAUGUACCAACCCUAGAACAAUCAAAGCCCUCGGUCGCUCUGUCAAAAGAUUUGAUGAUGAAGAAUGGGAUAAAGUCAAGUUCGAGAUAGUGGUGCAAGGAAAUGUGUUAAAAUUCUCAAAGGGAGGAAAAAAAUUGAGAAAUCAGUUGGAGGAGACUGGUCAGAGGGAACUGGUAGAGGCAAGUCCAUUUGAUAAAAUUUGGGGGAUUGGGAUCAAAGGUGGGCCUAAGGAGUGUCGGAGGCAGGAGAGGGAUGGGACAUUGGAGGAGAGGAGGAAGGAGUGGGGAAUGAAUCUAUUGGGGAAGGCGAUUGUGAAGGCCAGGAGGAGAAUUAGGGAAGCUGAAGUGAAGGGCGGAAAUAACGGCGGAAAUGAGGGUAGAAAUUAA